AUGGGUGACAAAGGUGAUGGAGAAACUUUCGACGAUGCGGUGGAAGAGAGGGUUAUCAAUGAAGAAUAUAAAAUAUGGAAGAAAAAUACUCCAUUCUUAUAUGAUCUGGUGAUGACCCAUGCCCUGGAAUGGCCUUCGCUUACAGCUCAGUGGCUUCCAGAUGUCACCAGGCCAGAGGGCAAAGACUACUCAGUACAUAGAUUGAUUUUGGGGACACACACAUCAGAUGAGCAAAAUCAUUUGCUUAUUGCUAGUGUCCAACUACCAAAUGAGGAUGCACAGUUUGAUGCGAGCCAUUAUGACAAUGAUAAAGGUGAAUUUGGUGGCUUUGGUUCAGUUUCUGGUAAAAUUGACAUAGAAAUCAAGAUCAAUCACGAAGGUGAAGUGAAUAGGGCACGCUAUAUGCCUCAGAAUCCCUGUGUCAUUGCCACCAAAACUCCUUCCUCUGAUGUCUUAGUGUUUGAUUACACUAAGCAUCCAUCAAAACCAGAACCCUCCGGCGAGUGUCACCCUGACCUCAGGUUGCGUGGGCACCAAAAAGAAGGUUAUGGUUUAUCAUGGAAUCCAAAUCUUAAUGGCUAUCUUCUUUCUGCUAGUGAUGACCACACAAUUUGUCUUUGGGACAUAAACGCCACUCCAAAAGAGGGACGCGUGAUCGAAGCUAAGUCAGUGUUCACGGGACACACGGCCGUAGUGGAGGAUGUGGCCUGGCAUCUGCUACAUGAAUCGCUUUUCGGCUCCGUCGCCGAUGACCAAAAACUCAUGAUCUGGGAUACCAGGUGUAACAACACAUCGAAACCGUCGCACACAGUCGACGCUCACACAGCAGAAGUGAAUUGCCUAAGUUUCAACCCUUACUCGGAGUUCAUACUAGCCACUGGCAGCGCCGAUAAAACGGUGGCUUUGUGGGACUUGCGGAAUCUAAAGCUUAAGUUACAUUCAUUUGAAUCGCAUAAGGAUGAGAUUUUCCAAGUGCAAUGGUCGCCGCAUAACGAGACAAUACUCGCCAGCAGUGGAACUGACCGAAGAUUGCAUGUAUGGGAUCUAUCAAAGAUUGGUGAGGAACAAACUGCUGAAGAUGCUGAGGAUGGUCCUCCAGAACUUCUGUUCAUUCACGGAGGCCACACUGCUAAGAUUUCAGACUUUUCAUGGAAUCCCAAUGAGCCAUGGGUCAUUUGCUCUGUUUCCGAGGAUAACAUUAUGCAGGUAUGGCAGAUGGCAGAGAACAUCUAUAAUGAUGAGGAGCCGGAAACGCCCGCUUCAGAACUAGAGUCCGGGGUCAAUGUGAACCAUGGCUAG